GGCAAGGGGCAAGUAAGAUCUGUAAUGAAACUAUAGACCAAGACUGAGUGGAGGAAUCUAUUUUACUUGGCAUAAUGAAGUCUAGGGGUCUAAGGGGUAGGAAUGGGCUAUUUAGGGGCCACUUCAGCUUCUGGUCAUAAAGCCCCUAGGUAAGUAGGUUUCUCCAUUGAGUUUCAGGCUGUAUGACUGCCAUCUCACAAACUUGAUUCUUUGUAGGGGGAGAAAUAGUGGUGCUAGAUUUCCUCUUCCAGAACAAUAUUAAACUGGAAUCUAAGAGCUAAGAAUCACAGUGGUCCCUCAUCCCAAAUAUAGGACUGUCUGGUUGAUCAAGGGGAGUGAUGAUACUUCAACUCUCUUGAUCCCAUCCCCUGAAGGGCUUCCCGUGCAACUGAGAUGGGAAGAAUAAGUCCUCUUGAGUACUGGAACCCAGGAUGAACUACACAAUGGAGAAGGCAGGAAUGGAGAAGGAAAAAGCCAGGUUAAGGUGUAAGAGGAUUUAAUCUCUUGCUGCUCUCCUUGCUCGUGAGCAAAGCUGUCAUCUGGGGGUUCCCAUGGCCUCGAGGGCAACCUCCACAUGGUUUGCUGGACAUGAGGAGUGAGUUCAAGAUCAGCCUGAGGCUUGCCAGAAAGCUGCUUUCAGAGAUCCGGGGUAUUGCCCACCUCUUUGCAGAUACUCAUCUGGUUGGGGUGUCCUUGGACUUCCUACCCCUGAGGGAACAGCUUCCUAAUGUUACCAUGACAUUCAAGACCUGGCUUCAACUUUCAGACCCAGAUCGACUUUGUUCCCUUUCCAGACUUCUGGGCCACUUCCAGGAUCCUCUAGGAGAACUAGAGAGCCACCAGGGCUGGCAGGGUUCCCUGAGGAAACGGCUGUGGAUCGCUCAGCUGGACCUUAGAGACCUGCAGUCACAUGUCCAUUUCCAGAUGAAGGCUACAGGAUACAGUCCUCUGGAGCAUAAGGAAACACUGGGUCCGGAGGAGAGGGCCUUCGGAAGACUUUCUCUCACUGCGCACCAGGUCUCCUGGCCACAGCUCCUGAGCACCUACCAGCUUCUCCGAUCCCUGGAACUAGUCCUUGCCCGAGCUGUCCGAGAUUUCCUUCUGCUCUCAAGGGGGAUUGCUCACACACAGUCCCUGGCUACUUAAGAAGUACAGUCUUCAACCAAGG